AUGGACAGAUUCUACAACAAAGACGACACAAAAAACAUAGUAGAAUUGCUGACACAAGAGAGAGUCGAAAAAGACAGGAUGCACCUAUCGAGAGUACUGAAGGACAAUGAAUUCAUUAAGCCAGCAUCCAUCAAGAGAGACAACGAGGCAGGGGUAUGGAGGAUCAUCAAGCAGUCCGAAGAUGAAGGAACGAUGGAAGAAAUGGUAUUCACUAUCACAGGGGCCAUAUAUGCGAUGGACCUGCUGCUGGUGGCAAAGGAGACGAGGGCACAGAAGGAGAAGGUCGGGUUCUUGAGUCAACUGCACAACUCCACAAACGAUGAGGAAGGCAUACCUUUUUCAAACGACGUUGAUCUUGCAGGUAUACUUGCCAAGAUAGCGCAGCAAAAAUGGAUUCACACCGAAGACAAUGAGAUACGUGUCGACGAAGUUGCAGAUAUUCUGAGUAGGAGACAUAGUGGAAGCGCAAUGCUCGAUGGUGUUCUUGAGGACAAACAAGGGUACAGCAAGGAUGAAGAUGAUACUGAGGGCCAUUGGCCCUUGUCAAUUGCGACAACUUGA